AUGGCCCCUUCAGCGAUCUCCAGUACUCCUCCACCUUCCACGGUGAACGAGGCAUCUUCCAUUAACAGCUAUCGUGGUUACGAUCAUGUCCACUGGUAUGUUGGAAACGCCAAGCAAGCCGCAAGCUACUACAUCACUCGAAUGGGAUUCAAGCGUAUUGCCUAUCGCGGUCUCGAGACGGGAAGCCGCGCUAUCUGCUCCCAUGUCAUUCGAAACGGAGAUAUCACUUUCAUUCUUACCUCACCUCUCCGCUCUCUAGACCAGAUCGACCGCUUCGCUGCCGAAGAACAAGACCAGCUCCGUGAGAUUCAUCACCAUCUUGAGCAGCAUGGAGACGCGGUGAAGGAUGUGGCAUUCGAAGUGGAUGACGUGGAUGCGGUAUACUUUGCCGCUGUCAAGAACGGUGCCAAGGCGGUCUCUGCUCCCCGUAUUUUCAAGAAUGAGGGCGGCCAGGUCAAGGUUGCGACCAUCCAAACAUACGGUCAAACUACACACACUUUGAUCGAGCGAAACCAAUACCGCGGGGCCUUCCUACCAGGCUAUCGUCUGGAGGCGGAGACCGAGGACCCUGUAUCAAAGUUCCUGCCUGGCGUGCACCUCAAACGGAUUGAUCACUGCGUUGGAAACCAGGACUGGGAUGAGAUGGACAAGAUCUGCGAAUACUACGAGAAGGCACUGGGUUUCCACCGUUUCUGGUCCGUGGAUGACAGCCAGAUCUGCACUGAGUUCUCCGCUUUGAAGAGUAUUGUCAUGUCAUCGCCCAACGAACUCGUCAAGAUGCCGAUCAACGAGCCGGCCAAGGGAAAGAAACAGUCUCAGAUCGAAGAGUAUGUGGACUUCUACAAUGGAGCUGGUGUGCAGCACAUCGCGCUUCUGACCGACGACAUUAUCCGCGACAUUACCAACCUGAAGGCUCGUGGUGUGGAGUUCAUCAAGGUCCCCGAGAGCUACUACACUGAUAUGAGGGCUCGGCUGAAGAAGUCCGGGCUGGUGCUCCACGAAGACUUUGAGACAAUUCGUAGCUUGGAUAUCUUGAUUGACUUCGACGAGGGUGGUUACUUGCUACAGCUGUUCACCAAGCACAUGAUGGAUCGUCCUACUGUGUUCCUAGAGAUUAUUCAACGGCACAACUUCUCGGGCUUUGGAGCAGGGAACUUCAAGUCUUUGUUCGAGGCGAUCGAACGUGAACAGGAGCUUCGUGGGAACCUGACUUAA